AUGUGACUUGUGACAUCACCGGUCCUUCUGCUGGAUGGGAACUAGCUGCUACACAUCGGGAAACACAAGGGGGUUGGAGAUAUUGAUUCAGCGCCUACUUGCUACUUGUUUAUGUAUAGUGAGUUGUCGAGGUCUUUAUCCAGGCGGCGAGGUCUUCAUCUAUACUGAGGCGUCUUCUAUCUUCAUCCCGACGGAGCGGAGACAUCCUGGAAGCUGAAGACAUCCUGAAGUUGAAUACAAGGUGUCACAUUUAUAGCAUCUAACUCAGUCACUAACGAAGAACAAGAUGAACAAAUAUAGGAAGCAGAUAGCAGAGCAGUUCCUGAGUCAGGCCCUGGGCAUUAUCUGCCUGCUGACCGGAGAGGAAUAUGUCGUUGUGAAGAAGAGGCCCUCACACAGCAGCAUUAAUCAGCUGAAAGGAGAGGUGCCUAUAAAGUGUGAUGAUGUUGCUGUGUAUUUCUCUAUGGAGGAGUGGGAGUAUAUAGAGGGACACAAGGAGCUUUACAACGACAUCAUGAUGGAGACUCACCAAGCACUAAGGGCUAUGGAGAUCCCAAGAAAUGAGAGCUCAGAAUUAACAGGUCACAGUGUUGUAAAUCUACACACAGGAGCACAUAGAGAAAUUGUACAGAAUAUUCAGCCAGUGAAGACCCCAUCAGACGUCUCUACAGAACUAACAGGUCACAGUGAUGAAAAUAUAGACACAGGAGCACAUAGAGAACUUGUACAGAAUAUUCAGCCAUCAGAUGUCUCUGCAAAUGACAUUAAUACUGACGUAGAUGUUAAAACAGAAGAUCUAAGUGUAACGUGUCAGCUGGAAGCUCCAAUGCAGGAAAUGUGUGACAGUGACAAUGAAGUUGAAAAUGAUGCUAAGAUUUCAUAUAACAUGGAACAAACAGAAAAUCAGUGGCUAAGAAAUAUAACAGAAGCUGCAGAGCAGGAAAUAUGUGACAAUGUAGGCACAGGUGAAAACGAUGCUAAGAUUUCAUGUAACACUGAAAAAACAGAAUAUCAGUGGCUAAGAAAUAUGCCUGAACCUGCAGAGCAGGAAAUUUGUGCCAAUUUAAGUACAGGUGAAUUCACAAACUGCAAUAAUCCUAGUCAUGAUCAGAGUGCAGAUGCUUAUUUACAUCUUCUUCAAAAUCAAAGAAGCCACAUGGGAAAUUUAUGUUCUGAGUUUGGGGAAGGUUUUCUUAAGAAAUCACAUCAUCUUAAACAUCUAAAAAUUCAUACAGGAGAAAAUCCAUUUUCUUGUCCUAUAUGUGGGAAAUGUUUUAACCGCAAAAACAUUCUUGUUGCUCAUCGGAAAAUUCAUACAGGAGAAAAAGGAUUUUCAUGUUUUGACUGUGGGAAAUGUUUUACUCGGAAAUCAGAUCUUAUUCGUCAUCUGAAAAUUCAUACAGGAGAGAAAGGAUUUUCAUGUUCUGACUGUGGGAAAUGUUUUACUCAGAAAUCAUCUCUUAUUAAACAUCAGAAAAUUCAUACAGGUGUGAAAGCAUUUUCAUGUUCUGACUGUGGGAAAUGUUUUACGUGGAAUUCAAAUCUUAUAAGGCAUCAGAAAAUGCAUACAGGGGAGAAAGGAUUUUCAUGUUCUGACUGUGGGAAAUGUUUUACUCGGAAAUCAGCUCUUGUUAAGCAUCAGAAGACUCAUUAUAAAAGUUUAACCUCAUAAGUGCAGAGGGUGACACAUAGUUGUCAUCCACAAAAUACCUAGUGUUAAUGAUGACUGCAUGUGACCCCCCUGGGGCACACAGUUUUGAAGCCGUUUGAGGCCCCUUCUGCACCUCAAGCGUUUAUGAGGUGCAGAAUCAAAAUCACUAGUCAGUAAGACUGAUUUAAAUCGAUUUAAAUCAUGUUUUUUUUUUUAAUUUUUUGAAUAACUUUUCAGAUUAUUUUUCCAGUUAUAUCAGACCAUUACUGAUGUGUUUAUAUAUCAUUAGAUAUGCAUAGAUAGAUCAUUGAAAUGAAUUACAUUAUUUGGAGGUGAACUAUCUCCAGGUUAAUUGGUUAAUCAUUCAGAAGUCGGAGAAAAAUUAUUAUAUUAAUAAUAACAAUAGAGAGAGUUUUAUUUAACUAAAACAUUUUUUUUUCUUUUUUAAUGCCUGCCCCUCCCUCCUCACACUUGUGCAGUUCUAUUCCACUCCAAACAAUCUUCUAUUCAGUGAGCUUCUUGAAACUUAGUAUGGGUUGAUGUUGUGUACAUAGGUUUGCAGGGGAGCAAUGGCAUUAAAGGAAAGGAAAGUCAAAAUUAAACUUUCAUGAUUCAGAAUGAACAUGCAAUUUUAACAAUUUUCUAAUUGACUUCUCUUAUCUAAUUUGCUUUGUUCUUUUUGGUAUCCAUUGUUGAAAAGCCUGCAUAGGUAGGCUCACUCAGAUGCAAUGCACUACUGUGAGCUAGCUGCUUGUCACUCUUACCCAUUGUAUUCAGAUAGGCCCCAGUAGAGCAUUGCUCUCCUUCAACAAAGGAUUCCAAGAGAAUGAAGCAAAUCUGAUAAUGGAAGUAAAUCUGAAAAUGGUAGUCUCUAUCUGAAACCCAAAAGUUAUCUUUCAUGAUUAUAUCCCUUUAAGGUCUAUUUAUCAACUCUGUAUGUUAAUUUUAUAACAUUUUGCUGUGAAUAAGGGGCUUAUUGUUUCUGCAGACACAAAUUCACAGUUUUGAGGACUACAAAACCAAUAAUAUGUGAUAAUAUCUUCAAGAUUUAAAAAUUGUCCAAAAUAAUCUGACAGAAACCUCUGGGGGAGCAUUACAUUGUGAAUGGAUUAAUGGAAUUAAUUUACCAAAAAAAUAAAACAACAAACAUUAUACCAUCUUGCUAUAUAAUUAAAAACAAAUCUAUAUUUCAGGAGGAAUAACAUUUGGAUUAUAAUGUAUAAUAUAUAUAUCUUAAAUAGCAACUAUCUUUAGAUAGAUUUUUAAUUUUUUUUUUCAAAAAACGCAUUUUAUUUAAAAAAAAUCGAUUUAAAUUAAAAAAAUCGAUUUAAAUAAAAAAUAAAAUCAGAUAAAAAAAAAAUCCAUUAUUUUUUAAUUACAUUUUUGUAUUAUUUAUUUUUAUCCACCCUGUCUGACCCAGUGUGUUUGCCAUUCCCGGGGGCAAUCCAGGGUCCCUAUAAAAAUUGAAUAGCCAAGUGAUCACCUGAAGCCCCAUGUGCAGAUCAAAGUUAUAAAUAUGGCAAAGCGCUGAUUUCCUUUUGAAGUUCAAUAGCUAAUUUCUGCCUAUUUAAAAAAAAAGUGUUACCUCAUACAACUAUAGAUCCACAACAGUUUUGACUGUAGAGUUGAGAAAAAAUUCUCACUGUAUUGUUUACAACCUUGUUUAUUUAAAUUGUAAUAAAAUAUGCAUUUCUUUUACAAGA